UUUAAAGCAGCAUUUUUCAGGAAAAUAACUACAACGUUAAGCGAGGUGUUACUAUAUUAUCACACAUCCAAGGGUAGAAGGGACCACUGUGAUCACCUGGUCUGACACCCUGCGUAACACAGGCCUUGGAACUUACCCAAAAUAAUUCCUAGAGCAUUUUUUUUUAAAUCCAAUCUUGGUUUAAAAGUUGCCUGUGAUGGAGACUCCACCACAAUCCUUGGUAAUAUUGCUCUUAGGGUUUAUUUCCCUGCCUGUUAAAAAUAUGUGUCUCAUUUCCAGUCCACGCAGUUUAUAAUGUAAGGGCAGCAGGCCCUGGCCUCAUUUUCAUGGCUGUGGGGGCCCAGGAUCAGCGCUCCCUUUCAGGAGGCACCCACAGGGCCCCAUUACUUUCCAGCUGCUCAGUUCUCCAGCCUGACUCUUCAGCAAAUUCAAAAACAACCCGGUCCCCGGCCAGCUGGGCCCGGCACCUCCCGCCUCCGUGGCAUCUAGCGCAGCCUUGGCUGCGUCUCUUCCCCAACUAGAGUGGCACCGUCUCCCCCCGCCCGCCCGGCGCCUAGGGCGCUGCCGGAGACAUGGGGCUCAGGGGCCGCUCUCCCCUUCCCCCGCCCUGACGCUGGGUGGCGGCGCACAUGCCCAGAAGCGAGCGGCGGAGCGUCCGGGCCGUGCAGCCUGUGACAGCGGCGGCGCUCUCCGUUCUGCUGGGUGUGAGCGCUGCAGCAGCGCCGCGCCCGCCCAGCCCGGGAGCGGACGGACACACACACACACACACACACACACGGAGGCGCGCCGAGGCCCCGUCCCCGCUUCUCCCCGCGCCGAGGGGCGGGAAGCAGCCAUGUCGCUAUUGUCCCGGGCGCUGCCCGCGCUGCGGCUCUAUUGCAUCGGCCUCGCCGUCGCCCUGCACCAGCUGCUGCGCCGCCUCCGCCCCGGCGGGCCCCCCGCGCCAGUUUCUGCACUUGCCCCAGGCCGCUGCGUUAGGCCCUUGCAUCCCUCUCUGUUGCUGGACCCGAGUGGCCUUGUGCUUCAGUUGCUGGACAGACUCCGGAAAUCUGGUUUCAGCUCCCUGCAUUGCCUCAGAUUCAGGCGUGAGUUUUGAUCUGUUUGUGCCUCAGGUCCCAGCCUCAUUUUUCCCUACACAAAAUGGAAAUGUCGCUAUAGUGACUGGAGGUGCUAAAGGAAUUGGUUAUCAUACUGUGAAGCAUUUGGCAAGACUUGGCAUGCAUGUUAUACUAGCUGGAAACGAUGAAAGUGAAGGCCAAGAAGCAGUGAGGAAGAUAAAAGAAGAAACUGUGAAUGGAAAAGUGGAGUUUUUACAUUGUGAUUUGGCUUCAAUGAAAUCCAUACGGCAAUUUGUGCAACAGUUUAGAGCAAAGAAUUGUCCACUCCACGUUUUGGUGAAUAAUGCGGGGGUGAUGCUGGUCCCUGAAAGGAAAACAGAGGAUGGAUUUGAGGAGCACUUUGGCUUGAAUUACUUGGGACAUUUCCUGUUGACUAACCUUCUCUUGGAAACCUUGAAGCAAUCAGGAACUCGCAGUCGCAAUGCUAGAGUCAUCACUGUCUCAUCAGCCACGCAUUAUGUAGGGAGAUUGCACCUUAAUGAUUUACAAAGCAGAUGUUCUUAUUCACCCCAUGGAGCCUAUGCCCAAAGCAAACUUGCCCUUGUAUUGUUUACCUAUCGACUACAGCAUCUCAUGACCGCAGAUGGGAGCCAUGUGACUGCUAAUGUAGUGGACCCUGGAGUAGUGAACACCGAGCUCUAUAAAAAUGUCUGUUGGGCUACAAAAGUGGUGAAGUGGAUGACAGCCUGGCUAUUUUUCAAGACUCCAGAGGAAGGAGCCUCUACAUCCAUCUAUGCAGCUGUCUCACCAGAGCUGGAAGGAGUUGGUGGCAUCUAUCUUUACAAUGAGCAAAGGACAAAAUCUACUGAUGUAUCGUAUGAUGAAGAGCUGCAGCGAAGGCUCUGGACUGAAAGCUGCAAGAUGACAAGGAUUUCUGAUGUAGGUAGCAGAGAUCUCUAAAAGUAGCCACUUCCAACUGGGUGAAUGAAAUGUGUCCAACAAGCAUCCUUACCUGACUUCAUGCAGCAUGAACCACCAUCCUGAAAUUCACUGUUCAGUUCCAAAGGCAAAUGUGAACAGUGCUGCUUUUCACUUGAACCCAUAGUCUGCUAGGGAGUCAAGGGGAAAUAUUCCCACAGAAAUGUGUAUAGGGUGGUUUUAAAUUUAACCAUCAGUUUUGUAAUCAUGAUGUUUUGGUCUGUGAUUAAAAAAAUUGUUAACCUUG